AGUCAUUAGAUCUCAAGUAGAAGCUAUGGAUGCUCAGUUUCAGGAUUUACCUCCUCUCAAGAGAUUAAGACUGAUGCAGCGAGAUCUGGAACGUGCGCAGCCGCCGCUACGGAGUCAAUCGGAGACGAAGUCGUUGCAGUUGCCGGCGAAGAAGAGGAAGCAUACUCGCGUUGACUAUGUUGACGAUGAAGAGAACUCUAACCCCACCUAUCGUUGUCUUCCGGCGAAGAAAAGGAUAUGGGCGAUUGAUCCCGAUCUGCUCUCCGGUAAUCCUUUUUCGCCUUUUGAUCUGAAUAUUGAGUAUAAGCCUUGUGUAGAGGAGAAGGGUUUUGAGAAAAAUGGAUCUUUAUUCGUUGAAUCGAGUUUACAAGUAGAAGAUGAUGAUGAUGAUAAGGAGAAUAUCGAUCCUCUAGGGAAAGAAAAAGUUUUGGAUCUGUCUGAUAGAGAAGUAGAGAAAGAGGAAGAAGAAGAUGGCAUUAUGUGUGCUGUAUGUCAAAGCACAGAUGGUGACCCAUCAAACCCAAUCGUGUUCUGUGAUGGAUGCGAUUUAAUGGUUCAUGCUUCGUGUUAUGGGAACCCUCUUGUUAAGGCUAUACCAGAAGGUGAUUGGUUUUGCAGACAGUGUGUUGCUUCUCGCUCAUCUAAGAACCGGGAAAAGCUCUUCUCUUGCUGCUUGUGUACAAGCAAAGGUGGAGCAAUGAAACCCACCAAGGAUGGUCGGUGGGCUCACAUCACCUGUUCGUUGUUUGUGCCGGAAGUCUACUUUGAGGAUCCUGAAGGAAGGGAAGGGAUUUGUUGCAGCGAGAUACCGAGUAAGAGAUGGAAAGAUAGGUGUUAUUUGUGCAAGAUUAGACGCGGGUGUGUUAUCGAGUGUUCAGAGAUGAAAUGUCAGUGUGCUUUUCAUGUUACUUGCGGUUUGAAGGAAGAUCUUUGCAUCGAGUAUCGUGAAGGCAAGAAGAGUGGUGGUAUUGUUGUUGGUUUCUGCAAUGAGCACACCAAACUAUGGGAAAGGCAACAGGAAAGUGGAAAGUACAAGAUUGUUGCUAGAGAUGAAGAUAAGAAGUAGCAGAAAGCUGGAGGAUCAUGAGCAUUCUUUUGCUUGCAACUCUGAAGCUUCUUAUGGUUUUGAUUGUUUUAAAACGCUUUUUGUUAUUUUCAUGGAUAUGUGAUCAGUGAUUAGCUGGUGCGUAAUGGUUUUUCAAGUUUAUGUUCUUUUCUCAAGGCUAUUUUAUGUUCUACGUUUGUAUUGUUUUAAGUUGUACAAGGCUAAAACUUGUCAAUCUAAUUCCAUCCUCAUUGUAUUAUGGUUCAAGUCAUGAUUAUAAU